AUGGAGGUCGGAACGCUGGUUGAGCAAACCUGGAGUGAACAUUCGGCCAGCCAGACUUUUCGGUUGCCGUGGGAGAGCGGUUUUUGGAAGGGUUUCUUCAAUCCAACCACUGAGCCUCAUUCGGCUCUUUUUGACUUUGAAGCUGCCAACUUGCCAGUGAUUGUUGGUGUUGAGAGUUCAGAAGAACGACCAGGAAAACGUGCACGAGUUCCACAGCAACACUCCUCUUGGCAUAGCAUAGUUAAAGCUGACGUUGAUACAACUUGGAUUGACAAGCGUGAGGCUGAUUUUCAGGUGGGUCUCAGGAGAUGGCAUGACGUGCUUAUGACUCUGCCAGGUGACAUUGAAAUUGUUCGCCAGUUGACAGCGCUGGAUCACGUCUCGAAUCAGCUCAGGAUGCUGCGUGACAUUUUCCACAAGAAGGCACCGUCUACAUUGUUGAAACGUGUGAAUUCUUUUCUACGCUAUGUUACCUUUUUGAAGGUGCAGACAAUUGCAUUUCCUGGGCAUGAAGGUGAUUUGUAUUACUUUCUGUCAAGCUUAAAGGAUGAGGGCCGGCCUACUUCUCGCUUGCAAGGUAUUAUGCAAUCGUUGACGUUCGUGCAACAUGUCAUGGGAGUCAGUGAGCUGGAGCCCCUCACAACAUCACGCAGGUGUCUUGGAGCGUCGGGAGCCAAAGCUGGGGGGCCGAAGAGGCAGGCUAGUCCCUUCACAGUCACAGAGUUGAAGGCGUUGCAUUCGAUUCUGGCCGACCAAACAUGUGACAUCUGGGACCGUAUGUUGGCCGGGAUGAUGUUGGCAACAGUCUACACCAGAAGUCGUUGGUCAGACCUUCAGCAGGCGGAGAGUGUGUUGCAUGAUCAUGACGAUUAUGGCGAACUUGCAUUUCUGGAAUUUCAUAUCAAUGAACACAAGUGCAAGUGGUCAAGCGCAUUCAGAAACUCUUUUCUGCCGGCCAUUUGCCCUGCUUACGGAAUUACAGAUCACAAUUGGGCAGCAGUUUGGGUUGAAGUGCGUGAGCAACUUGGGAUCUGUUUUGACGACAACUUCCCAACCAUGCCGGCUCCGAACGCAGACAACAGUCCGAGUCGACGGCCGUUGACGACAGAUGAGAUGAAGAGCUGGACCCGUAUGUUGUUGGCUCGGUGUGAGAUCGACCUGACCGACCGGAGGAUCACUUCCCACAGCUGCAAGUGCACAUUGUUGAGUUGGCUGUCCAAGCAUGGUGACCUUUGGGAGGAUAGGCAAGUGCUUGGUGGGCACGUGUCUUUUAUCAAGUCGACUAUCACUUACAGUCGUGAAGCCAUGGCCAGACCUUUGCGAGUCCUGGAGGAGCUGCUCAAUGAUGUGCGUGUUGGCCGUUUCCGCCCAGAUGAGACCAGGAGCGGAAGAUUCAGGGACGUGGUUCUGGAGGGUUGCACCAUGGACGAAUCCUUCGCGUCAACACCUUUCUCACUCGUUGGUGAAUGGGUCGAAGCCAGUGAGCCUUGUAACAAACCACGAGAAGUUGAGGUGACCAACCAGAGCCGAGAGUCUGCCGAAAUCAUUGAGGUCGACCCUGACAGCCCGAAGAGGGAAGAGGAGGACAAUGCAUCAUCAGAGGCGCCGGAUACAUCCACAAGCUCAGAUGAGAGUGCCGCUGUCCUCAGUGGGGCCAGGAGACCGCUGCGUGUUCCUACCGUGCCGGACUCUUUGAAGCUUGUGCAGCAUACGAAGCUUCGAACUUUGCAUUGCAUGGAGAAGGAACACCAGCUCAUCUUGUUGUGUGGUCGCAAAGCAGUGCCAGAAAGAUACGGCGUGGUAGAGGAGGUAACAGCAGGUGAUGUGACAGAGCCUGGCAAGACAUUGCCCUUCAUCGAGAAGCAGAGGAGGUUGAGAGCUCAGCAAACGCGCAUCACUGGAAUCAGUCAUAAACACGAGCAGCAGGCCUCUCAUGCUUUGAUUGAUGCAGCCUUCAACAUUCUUGAGACCGGUGCAGUUGUUUACCUGCCACCUUCGAAGUGUGGCUCGCGAGAUGCUGAAAUCCAGUCAGAAGCAAAGAACAAGCAGAAGCAGUUAUUGACUUUGGAGCAAGGAACUAUCAAGGCCACAGCCUCAGAUGCCCUGGUCUCUGUGGACAUUGGGACUGAGAUGAAAUUGAUGUACGCCCUUCAGCGCCGGGGACUUGCGUUUGACUUAGUCAAUCUUGUGUCUUGGCCAGUGCAUAUGGAAUGGGUCAACAAACUCUUUAGAGCACUCAUGUCUGAAGCAAUCCCAGGGUUUAAUAGCAUCACCUUGCAGCAGUUGCUUCGUGCCGAUCAGGAGCUAUUCCUAACUAUAGCAGCCGAAUUUGAUGGUUCGCUCAAGGGGGCAAACGUUGGUGAUCCGCCACCUCUCGAUGCAGUCAUUCAAAGGUUGAUGAAUGACCCUCGCAUCAAUAUUCAUUUAACCCCAACUGCUAGAGGUGAGAAACGUAGCAUUCAGCAAGAAGGUGACAAGGUGUCCAACCCGCCCCCGAAGAAGCAGAAGCAGCCCAAGCCGGGUGCCCAGCGUUCGCCUAGCCAGUGCACUGCGAUUGACAAGGACCCAGGCCGUUCAGAAAACUUUCCGGUGUACGUUUGUGACAUUACCAAUGAAGAACAGUUCUUGAAUUUGCGCACUUAUCUGGAAAAAGAGAGAAGUGCAAUCUUGCAUGCACACUUUGCUCCAAGCUGUGGUACUGCUUCGCGUGCAAGAGAACGGCCAAUUCCAGGUUUCAAAACCGCUCCAAAGCCUUUGAGGAGUGAUGCUCAUCCAGAUGGCCUACCCAACUUGACGGAGUCGGAGCAUCAAAGGGUGUCAGAGGCUAACAGAAGUUAUGCAGCGAUGUCGGAGCUUAUUUUUGCUUUGGUGGAAUUGGGAGUCAGCAUCAGCAUUGAAAACCCUCGCAACUCUUUGUUGUGGAAGACUUCCUUCUUAAAGCAUUUGUUGGGCAAGUUGCCAACCUACCAUGUUUGCACUUUUCACCAUUGCAUGCACGGGGGAAAGCGUGAUAAAGACACUGCUUGGUAUAGCUUCAACCCGCGUGAUCCGCAGAGGGAUUUGUUCGCGAGCUUGGCACUGAAGUGUAACAAACAACACCAACACGCGCCCUGGAAACCCUAUGUGGACGCCUCAGGGAAACGAAUUUUCCCAACAGCAGAUGAAGCCGCUUAUCCGCACUUGCUGUGUGAGCGCGUUGCAUACAUCUUGAGGACAGAGGCCACAAAGGCGGGCUUCAUUUUUCCCACUGACUUGCACCAACAGUUGGACCACACCAAUGUCAGUGCAAAACGCCAGCUGUUUACAACACAACCUAGAGGUCGUCGUCUCAGGCCGUUGGUCUCUGAGUUCUCGGGUUAUGUAACGGUGGUAACCUUGCCUGAUAGGUCCGAAUUUUUGGAGCAAACUCUUCGUACACUCCCCAAGGGAGCUCGCAUUUGUCAUCGGGUUCUCCAGCAGCGGGGGUGGAAUCGGGAUGACAUGGCACAGAAAUCACGCACUGUUGUCGUUGACGAGAGGUGUGGCACGGAUGGGCAAUGUGAAGUAGUGAACAUUGGCAUCCCAAGGGAACCCAGUGAGUUUAUACAAGAAGCCUUGAACAAGGGUCACCCUAGAGACAUCAUUGCAAACAUACGGGACGCCGAGCGGGACCUGCUUUUGAAUUUGGUGCAUCAACCUCGCUCUGUUCGUUUCCAAAAGCGUGCAGCCUUCAUGAAGAAAUGGCUUAAGAGAUCCUUGGAGCUGAAAGAAAGCGAGCAGAAGUUGCAUGAUUCCCUUGCGCCACACUUGGUCCCCAUCCUGAUGGGUAAACGGCUCUUGUUGUGGAAGGAGAUCUUGAUUGACCUUGCAUACUCUGACGUAGCCGUUAUCGAUGAUGUUGUAAAAGGGUUCGCAUUGACAGGUUGGGCGCCGCAAACUGGAGUGUUCCACAAGCAUGUUCGAAAGCCCAGUUUGACAACCCAGGAACUGCGGAAAAGAGCAGCCGGUUUGAAUGCGGCGGUCACGGGCUCGUUGGAAAACAGCACUGAAGGUCCGCAUGAUCAGUAUGCUUGGGACGAAACCAUGGAAGAGGUUCAGAAGGGGUGGCUCGGUGUUAGCGAUGGGUCGAGUGAAUGUGUCAUUGCCAAGCGUUUUCCUCUGGCGCAAGGAAGCAAAGUGCGAUUGAUCGAUGAUUUCUCGAUCUGUGGAGCCAAUUCUGCCUACGGUAUGACAGAGAAGCUUCGGGUUCAAAGCAUAGAUGAACUCACAGCUUACCUUGCCUACAUCCUUGACUCUACCGAAGGUGCUGCGUGCCCUGCUCUGGUAGGACGCACGUUUGAUCUUAAACAUGCUUACAAACAGUUUGGUGUGGAUGAGUGGCGCAGCAAGUUUUUGAACAUCGCAGUGCGGAAACCCGGAGGCUCGUACGGCCUGUUCAAAGUCUACGCACUGCCGUUCGGAGCUUCAGGAAGCGUCACCAGUUUCCUCAGAGUUGCUUGCAGCAUCGCAUACAUUGGCACAUAUGGUUUGGACAUCACCUGGACUAGUUUCUUUGAUGACUUUACUGUACUGUGCACACAGGAGGAGGCUGAUAACGUCGGAUGGUACGUUGAGUCAUUGUUUAAAUUGCUUGGAGUCGAAUACGCCGCCACAGGUGACAAAGCUCCACCCUUCCAAAGUGCUUUCAAGUCCUUGGGUUUGAUAAUAGAUGUCUCAACGGUCACUUCAGGAACCUUUUCGAUAUAG